AUGAGAUUGCAGACAGCUCUCAGGCUGAGUGUGGACGAAGGCCGACAGUGGAACAAGUACAGCUUCACCAACACGCCGCUGUUUGUGGACGGGAUUCUGGGCGAGCCGGGAGAGGAGACACUGAUCAUGACGAUUUUUGGCCACGUCAGUCACCGCUCUGAAUGGCAGCUGGUGAAAAUCGACUUCAGGUCCAUCUUUAACCGCAGAUGCAAUGAGAUGGACUUCCAGACUUGGCACCUCCACAACCAGGGCGAGCCGUGUCUGAUGGGAGCCAAGAGGAUCUACAGGAAGCUGAGGUCCAUGUCCCGCUGCGUGAUGGGCCAGAGUGUCGCCCUGUCCAUGUCCUCCGCUCCCUGUGAAUGCAGCGAGGCCGAUUUUGAGUGUGAUUACGGCUUUGAACGUCGCACCAGUGGGAAGUGUGCUCCGGCCUUUUGGUUCCACCUGUCCUCCAUGUCCCGCAGAUGCACCGCAGGAAUGACUUUUAUGAACAGCACAGGCUACAGGAAGGUCGUGUCUAACAACUGCACGGCGGGGGUGAGUGUGCAGUACUCGGCCCGGAGGCAGCCCUGUCCCGUACAGGCCCCCAGAGGACUGCACCUGGUCACCAGUGAGGGCUCCCACACGGCCACGCUCGGGGCCAACGUCACCUUCCUCGUGGUUCUGGAGGAGGGAGACGGAGCGCGGACCAGCAUCACUCUGGACUUCGGGGACGGACAUGCGGUCACCUACUCCAACGUGAGCUCCAUUGAAGAGGGAAUCAAACACAUUUACAAAACUGUGGGCAUCUACAAAGUGACGGCCACCGGAGAGAACCCGCUGGGCUCGGAGACUGCGGUCCUCUACCUUCAUGUCAACUGUCAGCUGGAGUACAUCCAUCUCUCGGCUCCCUUUGUGGCAGUGCGGAAUAAGGAAGUGAAUCUGACUGCAGUGCUGUGGCCCAGCCAAGUGGGAACGGUCACCUACAUCUGGUGGAUUGGAAAUAACACUGAGCAGCCUCUGGUGACUCUAGAGGGCAGUGUGUCGUGCACCUUCUCUCAGGAGGGAGCCAACUCUGUGACGGUGCAGGUGUCUGUGGGCAGCUCCAUCCUGCAGGACAGAAAAACCAUUGCGGUCCACGACUAUUUCCGAUCCCAUCUUCUCGCCUUUUCAUCAAACCUGGACGAGCACAACCCUGACGUGGCCGAGUGGAGGCUGGACGUUAGCAGAGUCAUCAAGAACGCCCUGAUCCAGGCCACAGGGGUCAGAGAGGAGCAGCUCUUGGUCACGGUUCUGUCCGGUUUACCCACCACCGCAGAGUUCUUCCUUCUGCCGGAUAAACAGCUGACCGAAGGGAAGCCCGACAAGAGCGCCGCACACCUAGACCAGCUGUCAGAAGUUCUGCUCAGCGCCUUAAAUCAAAACUUGGUGCAGUUCACGUUACGGCCGGGAGUCCAGGUGACGGUGUACGCGGCGCACCUAUCGGCAGCGCCCCUUGUGGACACGAGCGAGAACCACAGUGGCUCUGCAAUGCUCAUGCUGUUAGCCGGAGUGGUCGCGGGUUUAGCUGUAUUUGUCAUCUACAAGUUCAAGAGGAAGAUCCCAGGCCUCAACGUCUAUGCGCAGAUGCAGAACGAAAAAGAACAAGAAAUGAUGAGUCCAGCGAAUCCAGCCGAGGCCACGGGCCCCUCGCAGCGGGACCGGGGACCCCCUCUGGACACACUGGACACAGCGUUCAACUCGCGGCCCAUCGAGGUGAAAUGGGCUGAACCCCUGGUGCACAGUCACUAG